UGGGCGAUAACAUUGAAACGCCGUGUUUGGAUUUUGUCGGCACACGACUGAAUAGUAGAAAUAAUUUUGUAAUUGUUAUUUAUUAUUUUGACUUGCAAAAUGGCUGCAGGUCCAAUUGCCGAACGCAAUCAAGAUGCCACCAUUUAUGCCGGCGGCCUGGACGACAAAGUGUCCGAGACAUUGCUUUGGGAACUGUUUGUUCAGGCGGGUCCAGUGGUCAACGUACACAUGCCCAAGGAUCGCGUCACACAGAUGCAUCAAGGCUACGGCUUUGUGGAAUUCCUGAGCGAGGAGGAUGCCGAUUAUGCGAUCAAAAUUAUGAACAUGAUCAAGUUGUAUGGCAAACCCAUACGUGUGAAUAAGGCGUCGGCGCAUCAAAAGAAUCUCGACGUCGGCGCCAACAUAUUCAUUGGCAAUCUGGACGUUGAAGUCGAUGAAAAGCUGCUCUACGAUACAUUCUCCGCCUUUGGUGUGAUACUGCAAACACCGAAAAUUAUGCGUGAUCCCGAGACGGGCAAAUCGAAGGGUUUUGCCUUCAUCAAUUUCGCCAGUUUCGAGGCCAGCGAUGCGGCCAACGAUGCCAUGAAUGGCCAAUAUCUAUGCAAUCGUCCCAUCUCCGUGUCGUAUGCCUUCAAAAAGGAUCACAAGGGCGAACGCCAUGGCUCCGCAGCGGAGCGUCUCUUGGCCGCACAAAAUCCCUCAGCGCAUGCGGAUCGUCCGCAUCAAUUGUUCGCCGAUGCGCCGGUGCAGAACAUGAUGCCCGUAAUGCCGGGACAAAUGAUGCCGCCACCGAUGAUGGCACCGCCGCCGCCCGUGGUGCCCGUGUCCACGACCAACAUGAGUAUGAUUGCGCCACCGCCGCCUGUACCACAACCGACACCGUUCCCAGCAACCAUACCGCCACCUCCGUUGCCCCCCAUGGGCGGUGGACAACCGCCGCUGCCGCCAGCGAUGGGCAUUCCGCCACCGCCACGCAUGAUGCAGCCACCGAAUGCGUGGGCACCUCCCGGCAUGCCAGCGCCGCCGCCGCGUCCCCCGCCAACGAAUUGGCGUCCUCCGCCCGUUCCCUUUGCACCAGCGCCCUAUGCUCGUCCCUAUCAACCCGAUGGCUAUCAGUACUAAUGUCUCUUCCCAUCCCUGAAUCACAGACGCGCGCCUAGCAUGUAGUUAUACAAUUUUAGACGAUCCAAUAAAAAGAUGAAAACAA